AUGCGAAAAGAACUCUAUGUUACACCAAUAGUUAUUAUUCUCAGCUCAUUGCCACAAAUCAUUCUAUCGUUUACUUAUGCUUGUACUGAAUUGAAACAAUCAUGGCAACGAUAUCUAUUACUCACAACAUAUUUUUUAUCAUAUUUGCCACAAGUUUUGGGUUUUGCUCUUCAUGUUAUCCCAUUAAAAGUAUUCAAGAAAGAAUUUCAACAAACGAUCAGUGGAAAACGAUUGAUUAAGAAAAAAACUGGUUCAAACGUAAACUAG